AUGUUUUUAAACUUACAGAGCAUCAAUUCAACAGAUGCACUUAAAAUUAAACAAGAGCUAAUAGAAGUAAUUAAAAGAAUGAAACCAGAUACUAAUAUUAAGAAUUUUACAGAAGUAAAUGAUUUUACAAAUAGAAUUGAUAAAUUACAAUCACAAAUAAAACAUUUACGAAUGAACUAUAUUUUUAAUUCACAAAAUUCUCAACUAUCACAACCACUCUUCUCACAACUUAGUCAAAACGCUUCUUCUCAAAACACAACACAAAUAACUGCUACGGUAAGACCUUCAUUACUUCUUGCAAGAAAUCAAUUAGAACAAAAACAAAAAGAAAAACAAGAAAGAAAACGCAUUAAGAAAGAGUUAUUGAAAGCAACUCUUAACCAAACUAUACAAAUGGCAAAAGAACUAAAGAAGAGGAGGAAGGCUUUAGAAAAAUUACAAACCAUUUGUCAAUCCAUAGGUGAAGAAAUAGUUUUAUCAUACAAUGAACAAAGUUCUUUGUUAAUGAAAUUCUUUGAUGAAUGUUUGUUAAUAUUCUUAUUCAUGAAGAAAAAUGAACUAAUUAAUAGUACAAUUAACUAUAGAUAA